UUAUUUGUUUUCAGUUUUCAGUGGCCAGCAACAGGCAGCAAACUGUGCUCAUGCUUGGUUGAAAUGCAUUAAAAAGACACUUUUUGUUAAUUUGAUGAAAACAGAGAAGUGAUCUGAAGUGAUUCCAACAAUAUUCUCUGAGAUUUGACUUCAACAUGGCUUCCGAGUCGCGACCAUCCAUAAAGCGCCUUGAUGAAGUUGUGGUCAACAGAAUAGCAGCUGGAGAGGUGAUUCAGAGGCCUGCCAAUGCCCUCAAGGAAAUGAUUGAAAAUAGUCUGGAUGCAGGGGCAACUAAUAUUCAAGUGACAGUAAAACAAGGAGGGCUGAAGAUGCUGCAGAUACAAGACAAUGGAUGCGGAAUUAAGAAAGAUGAUAUGGAAAUUGUGUGUGAAAGAUUCACAACCAGCAAACUGCGACAGUUCGAAGACCUGAACAGCAUUAAUACGUACGGUUUCAGAGGGGAGGCUCUUGCCAGUAUCAGCCAUGUAGCUCAUGUGACCAUCACUACAAGAACAGCAGACUCCAAGUGUGCAUAUAGAGGAAUGUACUCUGAUGGAAGACUCAAAGAGCCAGUGAAGCCAUGUGCUGGAAACAUGGGCACUCAAAUAACGGCAGAGGACUUGUUCUACAAUGUGUCUACACGACGGAAGGCCCUGAGAAGUCCAGCUGAGGAACAUGCUAAAGUAGUUGAAGUAGUGAGCAGAUAUGCAAUUCAUAACUGCACUGUGGGUUUUACUUUGAAAAAGCAAGGGGAGAGCAUGGCUGAUGUGAGGACACCAAGUGGCUCAACUUACGUCGACAACAUCCGGGCGAUUUAUGGCGUUUCUGUGAGCAGAGAAUUGCUCGAAGUUUCAAAAGAAGACACCAAGUUGGGUUUUGCAAUGAAAGCUCUCAUCAGCAAUGCAAACUACUCAGUUAAAAAGUCAAUUUUCCUCCUUUUUAUCAAUCACAGGUUGGUGGACUCUUCAGGCAUCCGGAAGGCACUGGACACAGUCUAUCAAGCAUAUCUACCAAAAGGAACACACCCAUUCAUUUACAUGAGUUUGGAAAUUUCCACCCAGAAUGUUGAUGUGAAUGUUCACCCCACAAAACAUGAAGUUCACUUCCUGCACGAGGAUUCCAUUAUAUCGUCAAUACAAGCUGCUGUAGAAGAAAAACUUCUCGGAGCAAAUACAUCCAGGACUUUUUUCACUCAGGCAAUGCUCCCGACUGUUAUCCCAGAUGAUGUUAAGAGAAAGGAAGAGUCAGGCAAGGAAGGCGCUGAAUCAGUGAGAGCUCAAGAUAUGGUGAGAACAGACAGCAAAGAGCAAAAAUUAGACGCUUUCCUUGGGAGGUCUGUGUCAACUCAUUCAACUAGAACACAAGAAAAAUCGAGUAACGCUAGUAGCAGCAGCACAGAAACUGCAGCAUCAAGCAAGGAAAAUGACAGUGCAGCCCCAAAAGUGAAACGGAGAGAUAUCAAACUCACCAGUGUGGCCCAGUUGAGACAAGAAAUCCGAGAUAAUGCAAGUGAAGGAAUGAGAGAGCUCCUUCAGAAUCACACCUUUGUGGGCUGUGUCAGCGAGAGCCAUGCUUUAGUGCAACACAGCACAAAGUUAUAUUUGGUGAAUACGACAACCCUGAGCAAAGAAUUGUUCUACCAGCUCCUACUGGAAGAUUUCGGGAACUUUGGAGUACUGAGAUUGUCGGAAGCAGCUCCAGUCCGAGACUUGGUGUUGCUGGCUCUGAGCUGCGACAGCAGUGGCUGGACUCCGGCUGAUGGGCCAAAAGAAGACAUGGCGGACUAUGUUGUCCAAUUUCUGGUCUCAAAGGCUUCAAUGUUGCAGGACUACUUCAGUUUGGAGAUAGACGAAAAUGGUGACUUGUUGACCCUACCGAUGUUGCUUGACCAGUAUGUUCCACCACUUGACAACCUCCCUAUGUAUAUCCUUAGGCUUGCAACAGAGGUGAACUGGGAUUCUGAGAAGGAGUGCUUCGACACGUUUUGCCAGGAAACGGCACAGUUCUACGCUUUCAAGAAGAGUCAGCUAAAUCCCACUGAGGAAGAAGAAAACAUGGAUACAGAUGAGGAAACGAAGGAGUCCUCUGCCAACAAAUCACAAGGUUGGAAAUGGACAGUAGAGCAUGUGAUAUAUUCAGCUAUCAAACAGUUUUUGCUGCCUCACACUGAUGCUGAGACUGACCGCACAAUCAUUCAGCUGGCCAAUUUGCCCGAUUUGUAUAAAGUGUUUGAAAGAUGCUGAACCUUACCAGUGAGAGCAAUGGCCUAUUGCAUUAUCUAGAAGGUCAUAUUUGAAGAUGGGCCAUUGCAGAGAAAGUUUAACAUCUUCAGUGUUUACUUUUUGGGUGUUUUGUCCAUUUUCCUCUCAGAUGAUCGAUAUUUCAUUGGACUCUCGGGCUCAUUGUUUCACAUACAGUACCCAGUAGCUGCCAAAUUAUGUGUGGCAAUUGUUUGUGUAAAUAAAUCAGUUGUAAAUAAACCAUGUAAUUUUUAUCAAUAUCA